AAUUUCAACGCUGCAUUGACAGUUGAAUCAAGACAUUUCCCGGCGUUUCGAACGAUAGAAGCGGAUGGCAGGAGUCGUUCCGAUGUCCGGAAGAUCUGGAAGAAAGCAGUGGACCCUCCACGAUGGCCCACGAGGUUCUCUUCGAAGAUUACGCUCCCAGUUGGCAGAGGAUGGAUGUCCAGAGUCCCAAGUUGUUCUCGCUAAGCAACUCUUGGAGGAACGCUGCGAACUGGAUGUCGACAAAGAGGAGAAUGCAAAAUUGGGAGUUUAUUGGCUCACCAAAGCUUCAGAACAGGGAAACUUGGAAGCGACCGAUAUUCUGAGGAAAUGUUUAGCCACAGGCAAGGGAAUCACAGAGCACAAUUAUUACGAUGUUAAGAGUUGCCUGGACAUGUCACAGGAUGAAAAACUCGCCAGAAGGGCAGCUAGGGAAAUGUUUACGAGUUUAUCCAAUGGCGAGGAAUUCAUCACUACAGAACAACUGCAAAGGAGAAUGCGAGACGUAGCCUUUCCCUCAACAAACAGAGCAAGCUGUUCUAGUUCCAAUGAAUCAUCGUUCAUCAAUGUACAAAAAUCACUGGGAGACAGCUUUGGCGAUUCGUCUCCAAGGGAUGAAUUUCCGGACGAUCCUUUGCCGGUCAAAGAAGGAGAAAGAUCCUCAGAUUCGAUGCCAGGUACCUAUUGGUCCGAGCAUCAAGGAGAGAAGCUAACUGAAGCAGCGUUGGUCUCAGCCGCUGCAAGUUAUGCUCGCGGAUCGCUUCCAAUCGUUUCUCGAGUCAUAUGUUUGGUCGAACCUUCGCAAAUAGCUUUAGACACGAUUCCGCUGCUGCAAAGACCUCUGUUGCAUCCAUUGGCUUCGCUUAAGAGGCUUUACAUAUGGCUAGUUCAGUUGCUCGGCCGCAGAGGAACUCCAAUAUUCAAAAAGAUAUUCUUCACUUCCAACAUUCACACGCUGUUGUUACUUCUGCUUUAUUCCUUGUUUGGUACCGAAAGCUUGAUACUUUUUAUACCCAUGACACUGUACUAUUUGUCAUUUGUCGUUAUGGUCGUAGCGACGUUUCAAAUGUUGCAAACAAAACGAGAGUUGACCGAUUUCCGAAUCUGGUCGGGUUUGUUUCUCAGUUACUCGGGAGGCAACUUGAAUCCGGAAGAAGCAGAGUAUCAGUACUGCCGCAACAAUUUGAAACCCUACGGUCACUUCUUCCUAGCACUGCUGACAAAUCUCAUGAUUUAUCCCAUCAUAGCCCAGCAAUGGACACCGCAGUCGGAAUUCACCAUUAUAGCAUUUGUACUGACGCUAACAACGCUCUUGAACUUCAUGUGGAAAGAUAGUUCAAGGUUUCCGGACUUCCUGGCGCUCUUCAGCUUUGCUGUACACGUCCUGGCUAAAUAUCCAUAUGAAACUGACAUGGUCGUUGCUCAAGGUUGGAGAUUCAUUGACAUACGAGUACCGACUUUCGCGUCAUAUGUCGUGGGAAAUGGCAUCGAAUUUUGCCUGAACUUUCGUGCUGUGUUUUAUCUCUUGAUUCCUGCUGUGUUUGCCAAAAUGGCAGCCAGGGACAGCUGGCGUGGUACAUACAAAACACUUAUUCCUCACUGCGUCACACUCAGCUGGUGGCAAAUCGCCAUACUCAGUUCCCAAGGUGCAACUUGGUACGGUUUGAUCAGAGGAGCUCUGGCGAUAGUCGGGAUGGUUCUCUUUCUUCCUAUCGCAGGAAUCGCGUCGAUUGCUCUGCCAAUCAUUGCGGCAGCGAAGUAUCUACCGGAAAGUGAUCUUCUGCUGAGAGCAGGGAUCACCGCCGUUCUAGGAAUACUGCCAUUUCUAAUAUCGUGGUAUGUCAAGAAAACACGAAGUCAGCGAUACAACAAAAUCAUGACUGUUACACAGAUCACAAUGGGAAUCGCCGCUGGACUAUGGCUUGGUUGGUCAAUUCUUGCGGGUAACAAACGUGAGCUGGAAUCAGCCAUGUACGAAGCGAUGCCGACAUUGUCAUGGGAACAGUAUCAGAACUAUUGUCACCAGCCAGCUUGGGAAGAGACGUCGUCGCUGGCACAGGUACAAGUGAAAUGUGCACAUUUGGAAGGUGUCUCUGUGUCGUGGGAGGGAUAUGUGACAAAAGUAAAACUCAGAUCUAUAAAAAACGAUCUUGGAAAAGUAUUCAACAAGUUACCAGAUGCGAUAAGAAUACCCUUAACUUGUUCUUAUGGAGAAGCUUACGAAGAUAAUUGUACCUCGGGUGACGAGUUGAGGAAACAAAACUGCAGGACUAUGUUAAAUAUUCAGAAAAGACGAAACAAAUGUCACUUGUCCGCAUGGAAUAAAUAUGAAUUUGAGAUCUCAGUAAAAAUAAAAAGCGGUAUUUGGGGCAGCAAUGGCGAGCUAAUUCUGAUUGCCGAUCAUUCCUUCACUAACUUUAGCCUGAACAUUUACUCCGGUGAUAAAAUAUGGUUUGUUGGUAAGCUGACCAACACUGAAUUUGAGGGUGAAUCUUUGCUUGGUGGAAACCGGCCCCAUUUACAAUUGGAAGAAGUUGGCUGUCAUGUUUGUCACACGACAAAGUUAAAAUCGUUUAGACGAUACAGAUAUCAGGUAACAUUUACAUCUGUAAUGAAAGACAUUUAUCUUGGUGUUAAAUCCGUGCUGAAUUUCUUAUUGAAUCCGUUGGUCAUUUUUAAGUAAAAGAUAUAAUGACAAAAAAUCAAACACAUAAAAAAUGGCACCUCGCUCUAGUCUCUGUUCAACUCGUCAAUCAUUGAAUUCGUGCAGUCUCAUUAUAUUACAAAAGCUGUAAGAUGGUGCUAUAAAUUUUCAAAAAGGAAUAAAAUUUAGCAUACUAUCAAGUACAAAAAUAAGUAAAUAUACAUGACCUUGUUUGCCAGAAUGGAUAAAAAUAUGAAAGAUAAGAGAUAGAAAUGCUACAAUGAUAAUAGUUCAACAAUUGGAGGAACCAUCUUUUCACAUUCGUGAUUACAUACUCAUGUUAGUUAGUGCUAUUGUCUUCGAUUUACGGGCCAGUAACUUCGGGAUUGAAAUUAAUCACUUCCCUAUUCCUCGCAUGGACCAAAUACUGUUGUUGUUAAUUCUAAAACAAACGACCAUGACGAAUUACGAUGAGAGAACAAUGUACCUAUAGUUUUCGGCAAUGAAUGUAUGUAUGUAUCUACACAUACGCAUUAAAAGUAAUGUUUACAUUAAAUCACCCUUAUAUUUACAAAUGUCCGGUAAAUAUAGUCAUUGCCAAAUUUACAAUAGCUUUGAGAUAAAAUUUAUCAUACUAACAAGGAACAUCGGUUUGAUGGCCCUCUUCAAUUUUUUCACAACUCAUCUAUGUUGUAGGAAAUUGAAAAUUAAAAGUCAGGUCUUUUUUUUUAUUGGUGGCAAAAUGGCACCGAAUGGGUUGGUUUCUCAGUUUCGGAUAGAACAGUUUGAUGUAGUUGAAUGAAGUCAACGCUGCAAUCUUUCAUUCAUCAAUAGAAACAUUUCAGUGUUGGUUUCAUUCAAAUACAUCAAGCGAAUCAAGAAUCAUCCCGUUAGGCCCCCUUCUUUGGGGGUCUUUAUCAUCCCUUUAAACCGUUUUUGCACCAAUGAAAAAAAAUAUGUCUCAUUUAAUUUUCACCGUUCUAUAACAUGCAUGAAUUACAACGAAUUUGAACGGGGACACCAAACUGGUGGUCCUUGUAAAUGUUAAACACUAAGUUUUCUUAGGGGCAUGAAUAAACGUAAUUAUACAUAGAAUCGCUAUCUAAAAUAUAAGAGAUAAAAUCAUCCAUUCAUGACUAGCAUACCAAUGUUUUUUCUUUUUCUAUUCGUAUCUGUUUUUUUCCAUUUCAAAAUUGUACCAAGUAUCGCGUUACUAGCUUUAAUGCGUAUUAUCAAAAAUUCUACACAAGCUUAGUGUGGUCGCGUUUUAACGAAUACUCGGUACCACAAAAAGGUUCAAAAAAUAUAUUUAUACAGAUUGAAAAAUACAAAAAAAAUAUGUAUACACACUAUAUUAUGUAUGUAUAAAUAUAGAUAUAAUCGUAUGUUACCAUAGGAACCUUAUAUUUCUUAGAUGUAGAUUAAAGAAAGAAUAUUGUGAUUAGAUCG